AUGUCGUCGGCCUCUCCUUCGAAGGAACCUGAAGUGGAUCCUGAAAUUCAAUCGGGUGAAGAGCAAGACAUGGACAAGGACCAGCUAGAACAUGGACAGGGUCAGGGUGAAUUCGAGGUGAAGGAGCAGGACAGAUGGCUCCCAAUUGCCAAUGUGGCCCGCAUCAUGAAGCUGGCGUUGCCAGACAAUGCAAAGAUCGCCAAGGAAGCCAAGGAAUGCAUGCAGGAAUGCGUGAGUGAGUUUAUCUCGUUCAUCACGAGCGAAGCUUCCGAAAAGUGCCAGCAGGAGAAGCGCAAGACCGUCAACGGUGAAGAUAUCCUGUUCGCCAUGACGUCCCUGGGUUUUGAGAACUACGCCGAGGCGCUCAAGAUCUAUUUGUCAAAAUAUCGCGAGACCCAGUCCGCCAGAGGCGAACACCAAGGCCGGCCAACUAGCAGUGGGUAUGCUUCUGGAGAUCCUGCCACAGGCGCACGUCCGGGUACCGCUGGUGCUCUGGGGGGAUUUCCCGGCGCUGAUAAUGCCAACAGUGUCAUGAACCCGAACCUCGAUCCGUCUGAGCAGGAGACUGCCGCCUAUGGCUACCCGCCCAUGGUCGGACAGCCGCACAACGGAACCGGUGGCGAAUCCUACUAA